AAAAACACGUUGAGAGUUUUUCGCAGACGUCAGACUCUGCGUCAGACUUCUUGGCCGCUCCCAAGUCUCCAAAACGGUCCCCAUGCCAAAGGCAUCUCCCGCAUCCCUCAUACAUACAUUACCACAUUCCCAACGGUACCAGACUAGCACCAGCAGCAUCAGGGGACCAGUGACACGAGUCGAAGACACGAUAACAGACACGGAAAAACUCGACAACACCCAGCCAACCUCCCACGCCCCUGUGAUCGCUCAGAGGACCUUGCCGGAAUGUGGCUUACAGACACGCAAAAAAUCGGGGUGGGGCUGACUGCGUUUGGGAUACUGUUCAUGCUGAUGGGGGUGAUACUGUUCUUUGACGGGGGGCUGUUGGCGAUAGGAAAUAUCCUGUUCCUCGGCGGGCUAACACUAGUGAUCGGCCUGCAAAAAACGUUCCUGUUCUUUGCGCGGCCGGAGAAGUUGCGGGGCACGCUGUGCUUUUUUGGCGGGAUAUUGAUGGUGUUUUUGAGGUGGCCGGUGAUUGGGAUGGGGGUGGAGGUUUUUGGGUUUGUUAAUUUAUUUGGGGACUUUUUCCCCGUUGUCAUUGGCUUCCUACGGAAAAUGCCCGUCAUCGGCACACUGCUCAACACACCAGGGAUAUCACACGUCAUCGACAAAAUCAUGGGCUCGAAACUGCCCGUCUAGACCCUACACCCGCUGCGAACGAGACGGGAGAACGGGAGAAGGGGGAUUUUGCCAAAUACUAUACAUAACAUAUCUAUAUCUAAUACGCGUCGCUGGGAGUUCCGGCCAUUUGGGAGGAGGAGGGAGAUUAGAGCGAGAUUUGGUUUCGCAAUAUACCUCAUCAAUGCAUAGAUAUCGUUGGUGGUUGGUCGA